GUUGGAGUGCCUCGCAAUGGAGAUGUCGCAGCUGUUUACUGCGACCCUUCUCGUGCGAAUAAAAUGCUCGAUUGGAAAGCAGAAUUUGGUUUGGAAGAGAUGACUCGAGAUCUUUGGCGCUGGCAGUGUAACAAUCCGAACGGAAUGUCGCUGAAUGUCGGAGUACUAGGACAUGUAGACAGUGGGAAAACGACGCUUACGAGAGCACUUGCUGAGGUGGCAUCAACUGCUGCUUUCGACAAGCAUGCUGAUUCUAGUAGACGGAGAAAUACCAUAGAUCUUGGAUUUUCGUCCCUGACGGUUGCUAACCGUCGACUCGUAUUAAUAGACUGUCCUGGUCAUGCUGGCCUCAUAAAGGCUGUGUUAGCUGCCGGCACCGUUUUCGACAUGGCGCUUGUGGUAAUCAUUUUUUAUAUCCUAGUAUUAGGUGCUCUUUGUACGGUACUGAUUUUGUUCUAA